CAUAAUACCUAAACUAACCUUAAACUAAUCCCAAAUUGUAUUUAAAAAAUAUGGAAAUCAAUUUGUAAAAAUGGUUGCCGAAUAAAAAAGAAAAACAAAGGGAAAAUUGGAAAAUGGAUUAAAACCAUUCUGUUUUUUUUUUUCCCGUAACCCUAAUAAAGAAAACAAUCUCUCCGCCUCUCUAUACGGCGACGACGAAGGCGAUUCUGUCUUCUCCGGUGAAAUCAACGGCGACUGCAGACGCCACCGGUGGAACCCGUUUCUUUUCCCCUACCGGUGGAACCCUUUGUCUUCUCCUACAUAUUGAAGGCGAUUUCGGAACUUCUCUUGGUCAUUGGUGAAAUCGAGUUUGUCUUCAACCUCCCCGCCUCUCUCUUUCUCCGACAUUGCUAGCGCAUAAGAUAUGGAGUUAGAGCUACCUAAGCGAGUGUAUGCAGAGGGUUUAGAACCUCAGGUGAAGAAGAUCAAUAACUGCUGCCGCAUGGAACUUAUCAGAGAUCUGAAGAAAGCUAUGCCUGCGGAGUACGAUGAUGUCAAGAUAGAUCCUGUUUUCAAACAUAUCAUGGCGAUUGCGGAAAAUAACCUCAAGUUUUCGGGGAAAUUGGUGGAUAGCUUCUUGUGUAAGCAGCUGAUUACCUCGAAGAUGCAUGAGAAGUGGUUUAUAUUUGCAAGGAAGCCUCUCCGGUUUUCGCUUCAGGAGUACCACACUGUGACAGGCCUCAAGAUCUCGCGGGAAAGUAGCUGUGACGUAAUUAAAUGGAAAAGUGAUGGCGGAUUUUGGAGUGAACUACUAAGGACAGGUGGUAAGAUCACCUUGCAGUCGAUCAAAAAGGUGCAUCUACAAGAAGUUCACAGCUGGUCUCGGCGUGAUAGGAUGAGGUUGAUCUACUUGUGUGUGAUAAUGGGUGUGGUGAUGGGGAGAGAUGAGAAGGUGAACAUCCCUCAUAUGUACAUCAAGCUGGUGAUGGAUCUCGAGAAGCUUCGGAACUUCCAUUGGGGUCUUCACUCCUACGACUUCUUACUGAGUUCCAUUGAGAAGGUUAGGAAGAAGUUGGGUAAGAAGAACAGCUACAUUUUCGAGGGGUUCUCCUAUGCGUUCCAGAUUUGGAUUAUGGAAGCAAUUCCGGAUUUUGGAGAAAUAUGUGGCAGCAAAGUCUCGGACAGUUUCUGCGGUCCAAGGUGUGGAAAUUGGAAAGGAGUUGCAAAAGUUUCUUAUGAAGAUAUCAUUCAACUUGAGGAAUCGUUUACUGAGAAGGUAUGAAUAUUUAUUGUAUUCUUUUA